AUGGACACGCGCGGAGACAACCCCUCUCGGCACCUUACCGCCACUGUCAUAGCCGCUCUCGGUAAUCCACCCACCGCACCCCUCCCCCCGCUUCCUCCCCUUAUUCCUGUUCAGUCUUCGACCUCUCAGCGAUCGCCACCCUCUGAAGUGGUUAAGACUCAGACCCACCGCGACCUGCGAGAGGAAGUGACUCCGCUCGUCAGAACGUGGGAGCCUAAUCCUGAGAACAUCUCGGGAGUACUCCGCUGCUCGAACGUCCGCCUUCCUUGCGUCGACGUCUCGUCUGGCCACAACAUUCAGCAACCAUCGUCGUCGACCAACUCCUUGCCUUCGACUUCCACUUCAUCUACUCUGCAAGACCAGCGGCGGAGUCUUCCCCAAGCCAUGCCGACAGGACUUGCUGCCGUCUCAGGCCCACUUUCCUCGGCCUCGCAGCUUCCAGCUUCUACCGAACAGAAUGGAGCAAAGUCUUCGUUCAUCAACCUAAUCCAGCCGAUUCCACCACAGUCCCGAACUUUCGUCAGGAACGUUCCCCUCCUGCACCGACUCAGCUACGCCGGCUCUGUCGAUCUUGAUGGGAGUAACAGCAACUGCAACUGCAACAGCCCACCGAGUGUGAUAGGAACGGUAGACCCCUUUGACAGCGACCGCGACGUCCUCUCUAAGGUCUAUAUCCUCACAACCUCGACCCACAGCGCCGUUCACCUGGCCUCUUCUUCUGGGCAGCAGGUGAAGCAGCAGUUACCACCCAAGUACAUGCUGAAAGUGUUCCCCGACAAGACACCCUUCAAGCACGCCGCGACACGAACAGAUGCCAGAAACAACGACCAGCCGCCGUCAUCGUCAUCCUCAUCGCUGGCCUCGAGAGUUGUGAUGAGGACGAUUGUCCAGAGUGCCAUGGAGCAUGAGAUCGGUGCUAUUGAAUGGGCCCAGAAAUUCUUGCGGCGCACAGCUACACCCAAUGUCCUUGGAUACUCACUCCCUCUCGACCGCCCUACUCACCCACCUGGAGGUGGUGAUGGCGAAAGUGCGGAAGUAACUGGGGUUGAAAAGUACGGGAUUCUCGGCUUUAUCUUGUUGGAGUUCCCAGCGGAAGGGGUCCUCUACCAGGGACCCUUGGAAGAGUUCCAGACCAAAGAGUCCCAGCAGAUUAUGGUUAGUGAAAACAUUGCCAAGGCAAUAUACGAAAUGCGCUCGGCUUCUUGUAGCUUGAGGGUGUCAGGGUUUUCGAUCCAUCGCAGGGUCCCUGCGGACGAUGGGCCUUCAAAGGUCGUCGAUGCGGUAUCCAAGCCCUAUAGCCGGUUCGACCUCAUUGUGGAUGAGCUUCGUAGGAGGGAUGCUAAGAGGGAGGCUGAGCAGCUCUUCUUCAGCCUCCCUGACACUAUCGCCACCCAGACUUCACUAACAUUGUCGCCUACCAGUUCAGAUGCAAGAGAACAAUUCUUUCACAAGUCCAUCGACAGCAGCACCAACAAGCGUCAUGCCGACAGUGGUACCACCAUCGCCCAAGCCGCCGCCAAAGAUAUCCACCAGUCAGAAUCAUCCAUGACCUCUCAGAGCUCCAGUAGCGCUUCUUCUCCCUCUGUGCCUACGUCGGUUCUGAUCCGACCCUUUUUAGCCCCGGCCAAGGAUCCAAAGCGUACGAGUUUAUUGAUGCGCGUGCACAAGAAAACAAUGGAACGCAAGAUGAGUGCUGGUGAGGCUUCAGAGAUUCCCAUGCCCCUCUCCUUUUCGGCCUUUUCAUCCGUCCCUGAUGAUUCAGCCACCACCGUCACCACUGAUGCCAACACAACCGCCACCAAUGAUGACAGCCAAGUCAACGUCGACUCAACGGUUGAUGAACCAGCUCCCCGCCGCCAACUUGACCCAAGGAGACAAGAAGCCCUACAAGACGACAUGCUGCAGCGCGUCGCAAAGAUACUCGUCAACUCACCCCCUCCACCAUACGACGCCCUCGAAGCCUGCCGUCGCAUGUCCUACUCUGAAGAGGACCAUCAUCACCAGCCCCAACCAAUUACGUCUGAGAGUCUUGCAAGUCUUGUAAGUCUCCAGAUGCUAGCCGCCGGAACUAUGCGCCGAGUAAGGGAACCCACGAAGCCCAAACUCGCUAUCCGCCCAUCGUCGACCAUCUCUGUGGAGAGUUGUAUGCGAACGGCGCCCUAUGCCCGACCCAUGAAGGCUUCUGGCCCCAAGACCUGGCCUGAUUUUGUCGAACCCGCCAACAUCAAGGAUGGCAAGCCGGUUUACAACUCUGUCGCCGACUACGAGUACGCCCGUCUCGUCAACGCCCUUGUGGCCCUCGAACGCCUCGAUUCAACUCCCGGAUCCAUGAACCGGUUCCCGAAGGAUCUUAUCAACAUCCUCCCACGUAUCCUGCGUUUUGUCCACCAGAAGGAAAUGCUUUUUUCACACAGCCCGCGGAUAAACCAACAGCCGGAUUGUAACCGCGGCAAGCAAGCUCCAGUCCAGAUCGGCAACCCUGCACAGCAAACGGCCUUCUUCAGUCCCCCUGCUCCUCCGGGGUUGUUUGAAGGGAUCAAGUCGGUGUUCACGCAUGGACAACUGGCAGCUCAGGGUUCGUUGGUGACUGACCGGAAGGGGCGUGGUGUUGUGGCGGUGGCUAAUUUCCAGAAGGCUGGGUUCUUGCCGCCAUAUGAGGAGGGUAUGAAGGGGUUGUUUGUCAAGAAGGUGAACAGCUCGUUUUGGAACAUGCCCACCGAGGGUAGCGACGAUACCGCGAAGGAUGAGGGUGGUGAUGGAGGAGGAGGAAGAGGAGACAAGGCCCAAAACAGGAUGCGCAAGACCGCAAGCGAGAUUUGGCCUUUCAAGCGGUUCAGCAAGCAGUCAACCUUCAACAACGACACCUCCACCACGUCACCUACCGCUACUGCCAUGCCCCUGGGAUCACGCGUCGGGGUGGGCGACGAAGAUGACGUGAAUGAUGCAGCACAGAUCAUGAUGCCGGCAAGGUCGAUCUCCAUUCACGGCAAGCACUCAGUCCCCUACCCGUUACUCAACCACGCGAUCGAACACGGAUCCUCCUGCGGGAACCGGUAUAUGGUACUGGUCGAAGCCAGCUCGCCCACCAUGUUGUCUACAUCGACCUCGACAUCUUUGACAUCUUCCUUGUCGGCUGAUUCGCUCGCUACCAACUCGUUGCCUGCGCAGGGUCUGAAUGCGCCGAGGCAGUUCUCUGUUUUGUCCUCUGGUCUGACUUCGAAUCAAAUCACUGCUGCACCACCACUAGUAGCUGCUUCAGUAUCGGACACACAGGGAAAUAGUUACGGUAUUGUCGCAGAGAAGAAUGGUGGCUUCAGGCAGAUGAAGAGUCAAUUCCAUGCCCGGUUCCUGUCAAAGACUAAAAAGAACAAGCGCAAGAACACAUACAACGACGACGCGCAUGUCUAUAAAAGGCAAGAUCCUGGCGGGGUGAAUAUCGAGGAACUGAUUCAGGACCCCGCUUCAGAUGAUUUGUUCCCAUUGUAUCCCUCCGCCGGCACCACGACAGCAAAUACAGCUACAACAGCUACAACCGCAGCAAACUCACCCACACUCGGACGUUUCCCGUCCACCCCAUCGGCAUCCGCACUGAUACCAGGAUCACAACCACCAGGACGACUGCUCAUGACGGAUGUUCCAACCUUCCAUAACGCGCCAUCCUCCCUCUCACUGUCCUUGUCGCAGCCACAGUCGUCCAACUUUGCGCGCUCGACGACUUCUCAAAGGACACUUCUACCCGAAGAACCCAAAAUCUGUCAGGUCGGAUGGAAACACUUUCUGAAGACAUAUUGCGCCCUCGAAACCAAGGCCCUCAAAGCCGCCGCGGCAGCAGCGGCAGAAUCUAACGGUGCCAAGACCAACACUCACGACAACACUGUACCGCCGCCUACCCAAAACGCCGCCACCAACAAUCCACCGCCGCCACUCUUCCCUUCCUCCUCGCCAACAAACCCAAUCUCAUUCACCUUCUCCACCAUUACAUUCAAAGAAUCAACCCACUUCCACAAGCACCAACUCCGUGCUCUCACCGAUACCAUCAACAACCGUUCCGACUCCAUGGUCGCACUCGAGUCCCUGGUCAGUCUUUCGAAAACCCUUCAGAACCUAGUUGUGGCGUUGGAGGUAGGAGGGAUUGUUCUGACACCCGAGCAACUGUUGGUCGCGAUUUCUGAGCGACAGCAGGCGUGGCAGAGCAGUGAGGAGAAGAGGUUGGCACAGAUUGAGAGUCAGAAGGAGGCGGAGAGGGAGAGGAGGAUUGAGGCUGGGGAGAGGCAGGAGAAGGAGCAGGAAGAGCGGAUGGCGGCAUUGAAGUUGUUGCGGGAGCAAUUGGAGCAACAGCAAUUGGAGCAACAGCAAAAACUGCAACAGCAGCAAGGAAAGCCGUCAUGGUGGCAGGAUGAUGAGAUCAGAGAGAUUCCUCGAGAGGUCCCACUCAAGGAUGAUCCGCCCGCCGUGCCUCCCAAGAACAACAUCGCGCCUCCUUCCACCUCUGGCGCAGAUACUGAAAUUGAUACUGGUGCCAGUGUAAGCUCGGCAGAGGCGGACCUGUCUCGAAUCAAGAGCCCUCGCUUUGGCAUGCUCAAACCUCCGUCCUUCCUUCAGAAACAAGCCAGCACCGCCAACUCUACAGCAACAUCGACAACAUCAACUCCGGUAGUACGCCGGCUCUCGCACCUGUUAGGGUUAUCGCCUCAACCCCAACCCUCCUCCUUGACAACAUUAUCAGUCACAGAAGGACUCACAGCCAGCACCGCUUCAGUAUACCACUAUCAAGGAAGAACACCAGCCUACUUUAUCCGAAGCCCGGACGACGAUAUCCUGUACUCGGCUCCAGGACUCCAACGAGACCCUCUUCCUUCAGAGCUCCCAGACCAUAUCCUGGCCUCCACCUCAAUGGGUUCAGCAUUCGCGAGUGGUACCACUAGUCUUUUUGAUCCGACGGCAGCCUACAAGGCGGACCUCCGCCACAAACUCGGGACCCUGAUCGCACCUAAACUACCCACCUACGGAAUCCGAUUGACGAAUCCAGAUGGGACAAAGACGCUAGCCCAGAUGGAAGUAGAGAGGAUCGAACAGGAAAUGCAGACCUCCUGCCGGGAGCUCGAGGCGCUGUGCGAGUACGAGGGUCGAACCAGCUGGCGUGCCCCUCCCGGGAUUGCGCUGUUGUCGAUGGCAGAGUUGGAGAGGCAAGUUGAAGAUGUUGAGAGGUGGGUCACGGAGACGAAGGAUGGUAAUCAGUCUAGUCUUCUUCUGUAA